CGGGAGCCGCUGCGAGCUCAGCCAGAGCAGCCCGGCCUACCUCCAGCAGAAGGAAGUUCAAGAGAAGGCCUCUCUUUUUACUAUGCAGUUGGACUUAAGUGGGGCAGUUCCCAGCCUUAUAGUUACCUUUAUCAUUGUAGCUAACGGGGAUCGCCAGGGACGAAAAAGGUCUUUACUUUUACCAUCAGUGGGAGCACUGAUUACAAAUAUCUUCUUCACUGCAAUAUCCUAUUUUUCCUUGUCCCUCUUUAUCUUAUAUGGGGUUGCAUUUCUUACUGGACUGUUUGGGGGUAUGGCAACUUUCCUCGGAGGAGGUUUUGCUUUUGUAGCAGAUCUGUGUCAUGACGAGAAGCAGAAAACAACACGAAUAGCUGUGGUUGAUUUGAUCUUUGGUUUUGUGUCAGGGUUGGCAGGACUAUCUUCUGGCUACUUUCUAAAAGGAGUAGGCUUUACAUGGACGUUUGUGACAGCAGCUCUGCUGCAUAUCAUUAAUAUUAUCUAUAUUAUAUUUUGUUUGGAAGAUACAGGAGGUGUAUCUGAAAUCCAGCAACAGAAUCCAGUAUCUUGUAAAGAUAUUCUUAAAGAGACAUUUUCUGGAGUCUACACACUUUUUAAAACUGCCCCUUUUAAAAAGAGAGUUUUGAUCACUGUGUUACUGUUUACAUUUAUGACUUAUUUGUUUACUGUGUUUGGUGGGAGUUCACUUUUUACACUGUAUGAACUGGAUGAGCCGCUCUGCUGGAAUGAAGUGUACAUUGGAUAUGGAGCAGCUGCAUCCACUUCCAUCUCUCUGACUAGUUUUUUAGGAGUUUACUUAUUUUCUAAGUGUCUCAAGGACAUUUAUAUUGUCUUUAUUGGAAUAUUUUCUUACAUUGGAGGAAUGGUCAUGGCUGCCUUUGCCAAAACUACCCUGCUCAUGUUUCUAGUAAGAAUUCCAUCUUUGCUUUGCUUUGUGCCUGUUCCUGUUUUACGUUCCAUGCUGUCAAAAGUGGUUCUUCCUAGGGAACAGGGUGCUGUGUUUGCUUGUAUUGCCUGUUUAGAAGCUGUGACCCUUACUAUCUCAAUUUUAGUUUUUAAUAGUCUCUAUGCAGCUACUGUUGCCUGGUUUCCAGGCUUCAGCUUCCUCUUGUCAGCAGGCCUUUGUCUACUUCCACUGAGUGUACUAUGCUGGCUUCUGUGCACAAGCUGGAAUGAAGAGGAUUUGGCUCUACUUGUCCACGAAGAAGUCUCCAGCAUAGAGAGCGCUGACAGCUGAGCAAAGGAUUCGCUCACCUGGGUUUUCUAAUCUGACAGGCGGCGGCA